UCAAGCAACCCCGUGUCAUGCGAAUCACGUGUGGCUACCUUAUUACAACAGUAAAAAACGUCGAGACAAAAAACCCUUCGUACUCGACAACCAAGGGCCUAGGAGACCAGGACGCGUCAUCAUAUGGUAGGUAAACGAGUUCGUGAUGCGGUGCGCGCUCUAGUUAUUCGCGAUUCGCUCCGUGGUCAGCCUGUGAGUGACAUUGCUGAAUGGACCGGAAAGCAUAAGUCCACCGUUUACAGAAUUAAGAACCAGUAUGACGCGUCUGGUUAUUCCUCUGCUCCUAAACACUCAAACCUAGGCCGCCCAGGGAAGAUUGAAGAUGGCAUUGGGAUGCUUGUAGCACAUUCAGAUUCUCUACAGCAAUACUCCUACGCUAUAUCACGAUGAAGCAGCUGAUUGCAUCAAUGAAUUGCUAGCUACCGACCUCAACCAACUCGAUGUCUUUAGA